GGGGCGGGGGCAGACGCCGCUGGGACGCGCUGGAGUGGCCGAGCGCCUGCUGGGGAGGCUGUUGCCGCCGCCGAAGCCGAACCGAGCAGAUGCGAAGCGACGAAGCUCCCGCAGCAGCCCCUCGGCAGAGCCCCGGCAUGAAGAACACCACGCUCUGGGGCAUGUUCUCCCGACAUGUCAAGAGGCAUCCAGGACUCAUCCCACUGAUUAGCUUCAUUGGACUUGGAUUGGGUAGCGCCACACUCUACCUUUUGAGGCUGGCCCUCUACAGCCCCGAUGUGAGCUGGGAUAGGAAGAACAAUCCAGAACCAUGGAAUAAACUCAGUCCCAGUGACCAGUACAAGUUCAUGGCUGUCUCUACCGACUACAAAUCUCUGAAGAAGGAUCGCCCUGACUUCUGAGAGAGCUGCGGCCAGCGGAGUCCAUCUCCAAGCCCUGCCACUUGGGACCACUUGCCACUUGCAAGGCCAUGUAUCCUGCUCCCUUGCUGUGCUUCUGCGUCCCUGCCCCUUUGGUUGUGCACAUGCCAGUCUGUUGCUGCUUCCUGCCUGCUUAUGUGCGAUUUGCUGGUGCCGCACCAAAGAUCACCAAUAAAAUAUCUACAGCUCACUCAACAGACGCGAAGGAGAAUAUUUACCCAUGAUAUAUCUGUAGAACGCUUCUGAAUAGUGCUGUAACAAAUUGUCCAUGUGUUAAAGGCUAGGGAGAGCAAGAGAGAGAAGGGAAUAAAGCAUUUUUCCUUUGGGUCCUA